AAAAGUCAAGUACAAAACUUUCAUCGCGUAUAAGCCUCACCUUGCAAACCAAAAAAAAAGAUGGCAUCCAGACUCGCACGCAUAAACGGCAGUGUUCUCUUCGCCCGCCCAAUACCCUCGCCAUCAUCGUCAUCAUCAUCAUCAUCAUCAUCAACUCUAUCUUGCCGAUUCCGCCGCAUAAACGACCUCAGCAACCACGGGCUCACACGCGGCUUCUCGCUCACACGCCGCAUGCGCGUCACCGUCGACUCGGCGUUGAUAUCGCAAAUCACGGAGGCCGAGAAGCAGCUGACGGGCAGCGCGGGGCCAGCGCAGAACGGGCCGACGGCAAAAGCGCAGGCGCACGCAGGCCAGCCGCUGACUGCGCAAGUCAUCCACGACAUUACGCAGGGCGAGAAGAAGAUUACGGGUGCCGAGGAGCCGGUCAAGCGCGGGCCCACGGCCGUUGCGCAGUCUGCUUUGACAAGUAGCAAUACCAAUACUACCAACACUACCAACACUACUACAUCAACAACUUCAUCGGCAACCCUCGACUCCAGCACCCUGCACAAGAUUACGGAAAAAGAAAAAGACAUCACGGGACUCGAGCGCCCCGUCAAAGGUGGCCCCACUGCAAAGGCGCAGACCCAUGCAAACGAGCCCAUUACCAGCCAGGCGCUGCACGAUAUCACCGAGGGCGAGAAGAUGAUUACGGGGGGCGAGAGGAUCAAGGGGGGCCCGACGGCGGCGGCGCAGAGUGAGCUGGGGAAGAGCAGGUCGUAGAGUUAUGUGGGGCCCCUUUUUUUUCUCGUUUCUUUUUUUCUUUUCUGGAUUGAGAUGAAAUGAAGAUGGUUGGCUUGCAUGUGUGCUGCGAGGGCUGUACGAUGGUUCAAGUGGAGUGAGGAGUGAGAAGAGAAAAUGGCAAAAAGUCUUGAUGGCUGGGAUAUAGACAUGGUUGUACGAUACAUGAUGAACAUGAAAAAAUAUGCCGC